GAAUGAGCUGAUCCAUCAGGGACGUACCGUUAGCCUGUAGAAACUAGGCUAGCAGUUACAGCUAUCAUUUCUUUUACAAGCAAGCACGCAUUUUCGUAUAUUUGGGUGCCCACUGAGUCGCAGCCCUGCAUUCCAAAAAAGAAGACGAAUAUUUCACCAUGAACUCCGACGACGGUGACCUGGAAAACCAGGCGGAGUUGGAGGAAAAGACAAGGUUGAUAAACCAGGUGCUGGAAUUGCAACAUACACUAGAAGAUCUGUCAGCUCGUGUGGAUGCCGUGAAAGAAGAGAACCUGAAGCUGAAGUCGGAGAACCAGGUUCUGGGCCAGUACAUUGAGAACCUCAUGUCGGCUUCCAGUGUCUUUCAGACCACGGACACAAGGAACAAACGGACAAAGUAAAAGGUUCGGAUGUGCCCCCACCCAGCCCCGGACCAACCCCCAGCUCUACCCCCCAGCCUUUACUCUUUUUGGCAUUUACACAGAACUGCAGACUCUUGCUGUAGAAUUUACUUAUUUAACUUGUAGACUCAAACACUGAUAUUUGGUGAUUUCAUUUAUCUGCACCACUACAGUCUAGUCAGUAUUAAUGUAAUUUUUUUUAUUGUUGUGUUUUGUAGCUUUUGUCAAAAUUUCACAUUAAUGUUUACAUAAUGUACAUUUGUUUAGUAUCAGGGAAUACUUUGACACAGUUGUUUUUGUUUAUGAUCUGUGGGCUUAUGCAGAAUAGACUCAUGUGUUGACUUACUGCAGUGGUUUAACAGACCUUUUUACGUUGGUGUGUGACUUCAAAACAGGUGUUUAUUUUUUUACUUUUUAUAUUGUGUUGACAUUAUUAUUGGUAAUAUAUCUGGCAUUUUUUGUAAUUUUCAUAAAACAAACAGUACAAUUUGCUGCUCUGUUGCUGCAAGUACAACUGUAAUGACCGCUAACGGCAGUUAUUCUCCACUGUUGAACAUAUCUGUUCCCCAUCACUGAACAUAUUACCUACACACAAGAUUACCAACAAUGAUGAGUUGUUCAAAAUCAAACUAAUUUAUUUACAAGUAAUUGGGUCAAGAAUUUGAUGUAGGUAAUAGUUGUAAGUUAUUGUGUAUUUUGCUGUCAUAUGCCUGCCACCCCAACAUCAUGUGUUAUUUAACCUGUGUCUAGCAUUUCAGGCACCUUUUAAUACCUAUGUUAAUAAUAAACAUAUAUCCUUUU